AUGCAGUCCAGCAUGCAUGCUGGUGGAUGUGAGAGCGACGAAGCUGCCGAGGAGAUUCAGCAGACGCGAACUUACCGAAGUGGUCAUGACGACCCGCGGAUCCUGGGUACUCGCUGGAACACGAACGGCCGCAAAGCGCAGCAGCUGCACUGUCAGCAGCAGGAGAUGGCUGCCAAGAACAUCAGCGCGCCCAACACGCGCGGCAAAAACGGCAAGAAGAAGAGGAGGCCAAGGGAGCCGGAGCCGCUUGAAGAAGGCUCUGCGGUCCACUGGGCCGUGAUGCGCGUCAUGCAGCGUGCCGUUCCUGUGGCUGAUGUGGAUGUGCCCGAGGCGGCCGACGCUGUUGUGGCGGAGGCUGCAGAUGCGGCCGGUUUCGCGGCUGUGCCAGAGGCGGUCGACAGCGCGGCAGACGUUGCAGUUGGUGGAUUGGCGGAUAUGGCCGAUGCAGACGAUGACGCAGAUUCCGCAGACUGGUGCAGCUGCUGCAGCUUGGAGGACAUGGACGCGGAUGCCGCUGCAGCUGCGGCUGACGCCGAUGAGGCACAUGCCGCAGACAUAGCUGCGCCAGACGCGGCCAGCGCUCGUGCUGCAGCUGCCAAUGCUGCAGAUGUGGCAGAUGUGGCUGAUGCCGCAGAUGUGGCUGAUGCUGCAGAUACAGCUGAUGCCGCAGAUGCGGCUGUGCCAUGGGUGGCCAACCCUGAUGCGGUGGAUGCCGCAGAUGUGGCUGAUGCCGCAGAUACAGCUGAUGCCGCAGAUGCGGCUGAGCCAUGGGUGGCCAACCCUGAUGCGCUGGAUGCCGCAGGUGUGGCUGAUGCCGCAGAUGAGGCUGUUCCCGGGGUGGCCAAUGCUGAUGCGGUGGAUGCCGCAGAUGCGGCUGUUCCCGGGGUGGGCAACACUGAUGCGGUGGAUGCCGCAGGUGUGGAUGUGCCAGAAGCGGCCACUGGCGAAAGUGACUGGUUCGCUAUGCUGAUAAGUUCAGCACGGGAAAUGGUCUGCUGCGCGCGUCUCAGGUGA